CCGUUGACGAGUCGCCGUUGUUGCCCCUGACAACCCCCCUGUUGCUUUUUCAUUCCACACCCAUCCAGAGCAAACACGCGUCUUUUCCGCAGUUGAAGCCUUCGACAUCGUCACGAGAAACCACUACUUUGCUGUAGCUGCCGUUUCAUCUCGAGCAUCACCGCGAUUCCAGCCCCACAUCCCUUACCUGGGUAUAUCUGCGUCAUAUCUCCCAACCUAAUACCUUCAUCUAUUGAGUUCACUCCACGACCCACCUCCACUGGCACUUCCCCAAUCAUGGAGACCCGCGGCCAAGAAUCACCAAUGGACUUCCAGUGGGAGAACUCCUCUGGCAGAGUCGAUCCGAACUCGCCUUUCCGGAUGAAUGGGUUCCAGCGCACACUUGCCGAGGAGACACCUGUCAAGAGAGGAACUGCAGCGACACAUUCAGUCUUCGGAUCAUCGCCGAUCAAACAGCCCGUGUUCGCAACGCCCGCGCAGACACCGUAUACCCCCCGAACCCCAUAUCGUGAGACACCACAUCAAUCGAGGUUCGAGACCCCAUCGUUCCGGACACCUCGCCGGCCCUUUGCCACUCUGUCGAAGGACUCGGAUGUAUUCGACACCCCCGACACGGAAAGCGAAGCGCCGACGCCCGACGCCGCCGCGCUCCAGCUCCUCCGCAGCACCAAGAAGACCAACGCCAACAGCGGAGCGAUCUCUGCCACUCCCGGGCGUGUCACCGGGCGCGGCGAGCUCCGGCGCGGCAGCAACAGACACAGCAUCAGCAAGCCGCGACGCCGCCGACGCACCGAGCUCGACCAGGUGUCCGACGACGAUGACGACGACUUCAAUUGCUCGGAGACCGACUACGGGUUUGCCUCCACGCGCAAGACGCCGCGGAAACCCAAGCGCGCCGACGGCCCGGACUGGCUCGCGAUGCACCAGCGGAUCCCGGUGGUCGUCUCCGCGUACCUCGGGCUAUUCGUGCACGCCUCGUGGGUUGCGCUGGCGAUCUACAUCCUCUUCGCGUGUUUCCGCGUGGUGCAGCAGGACAUGGCGCACCGCGUGUACGAAGCCGCCGAGUCCGUCUCCCUCCACAUCGCAGAGUGCACCAAGAACUACCUGCAGAACCGCUGUGCGCCCGACACCCGCGUGCCCGCCACCGAAGCCGCCUGCGCCAUGUGGGAGAAGUGCAUGGCCCAGGACCCCGCAAAGGUCGGCCGCGCAAAGGUCUCGGCCGCUACUAUUGCAGAGAUCCUGAACGGCUUCGUCAACGAGCUCCACUGGAAGACUAUCGGUCUCUUCGCGCUCGUCGUAAUGCUCUGCUGGAUAGGCAGCAAGGCCAGCGCCGUCGCCACGCUGAAGGAGCAGAACCACCCGCACCCGUUUGUCGCAGCGACGAUCCCACCGCUCGCAUCGCAGUGGACGCCCCACCACAUCCCCUCGGAGUCGUAUGCAUACACGCCCGCACACCAACCUUGGGCUACACCCUUACUCAGGAAGGGAGGAGGUGGUGGUGCUGGUGGGGAGCACGGUCGGACGCCCCGGAGGAUGAGAGAUGAUGAUCAGCAGGUGGUCGAGUGGAAGUGAACCAGUGAACCAGGGAUAUCCCGUCGAAAUUUGGGAAUGGAAUGGGACGGACUUCUUUUUAAAUUCUUCGCAACUUUUUUUUUGGGGGGGGG